AUGGACUUUGAACUGGACUCUGGUGACUUAUCUGGCGCUUUUAAAGUUGCCAACUUGGCUGUGGCUGGGUUUGCCGUACGUAUUACACAAUAACCACACAGAUCCGUACUAACCUCUGCAGGUGCUCGCUGGCUUAUCUCAAUUGUUCAUGAGCUUCCAUGCGUUUGUACUCGGCAUCUACCUCGUGAUUUUUGGAGCUGGGAUUGGGUUGUUAGAGUUCCAGGUCCCUCCAAAGACCUAUGAGUACGCUUCCUUCCUCUUUUCCUUUGCCGGCAGAGGUGUUUUCUACACCUUGGUGGGCGCUAUUAUGGCUCACGGCGGGUUUAUCAGAAUUACCAGUGGGUUACUUAUCUUUGGUGUGGGGAUCAUGUACAUCGUUUUGGACCGAAUUCCGGGUAUCGCCAAGCCAGAGAACAUGAAUGUGGAUGCUCUUUCCAUGGGCUUCGACGCCGAUGCUGAUAUUGACAACGAGUUUGCGUAGAUACGCCGAACUUCUUGGUUCGAACUUUGGCUGAACCCCCCAAGGUGAAAGCUGCGCAAGUGUGGCGUUGUAAGACACUACCGUAGGCGACGGUAUCACGUGGCUCUUAAUAUACAAGCUUGACAUUCUUCGUAGCACAAGUGGCAGAGGUCUUUGUGUUCUGGGUGUAGGCGCAAUCUAACGACAAUUCAGUGUAGAAUGCCUUCCCGUGACAUGGACAGAAUCCUACUCAUGGAUAGGGUGAGGCUGGCCGUGUUUAGUGCACCUCAGUAAGGAAUCAUCAAUUGGGAAAUGGCUGGAUAUAGAUAGGGUUGGCGCAGCGUCAAGUACCGAGGACGGUAAGGGGUUCAGAUUUCGUUGGCCUCAAACUGAAUAGAGAUUAAGGCAACAGAGAUUACGAAGAACGUUGAUCAAGGUAUAUAUGUUAUAGUUACAUACUUAAAUACGAC